GGGCUAGCUGGCGCACCGCAUGCUGGGACCUGUGGUUUCAGCUAGUGCGCCUCCCCGUGGGUUUGCGACGUUUAGCGACUAUUGCGCCUGCGCUAGCGCCGGCUGCGAGGCUGGGGCUGGGGCUGGGGCUGGGGCUGUGGCUGCUGGUGCCGAGUGAUGCUAGGCGGCUCCCUGGGCUCCAGGCUGUUGCGGGCUGUAGGUGGGAGUCGCGGACGGUUCGGGGCGCGAGGUGUCCGCGAAGGUGGCGAAGCCAUGGCUGCAGGGGAGAGCAUGGCUCAGCGGAUGGUCUGGGUGGACUUGGAGAUGACAGGAUUGGACAUUGAGAAGGACCAGAUUAUUGAGAUGGCCUGUCUGAUAACUGACUCUGAUCUCAACAUUUUGGCUGAAGGUCCUAACCUGAUUAUAAAACAACCAGAUGAGUUGCUGGACAGCAUGUCAGAUUGGUGUAAGGAGCAUCACGGGAAGUCUGGUCUUACCAAGGCAGUGAAGGAGAGUACAAUUACAUUGCAGCAGGCAGAGUAUGAAUUUCUGUCCUUUGUACGACAGCAGACUCCUCCGGGGCUCUGUCCACUUGCAGGAAAUUCAGUUCAUGCAGAUAAGAAGUUUCUUGACAAAUACAUGCCCCAGUUCAUGAAACAUCUUCAUUAUAGAAUAAUUGAUGUGAGCACUGUUAAAGAACUGUGCAGACGCUGGUAUCCAGAAGAGUAUGAAUUUGCACCAAAGAAGGCUGCUUCUCAUAGGGCACUCGAUGACAUUAGUGAAAGCAUCAGAGAACUUCAGUUUUACCAAAAUAACAUCUUCAAGAAAAAGACAGAUGAAAAGAAGAGGAAAAUUAUAGAAAAUGGGGAAAAUGAGAAGACCGUGAGUUGAUGCCAGUUAUCAUGCUGCCACUGCAUAGUUAUCUGGAGGCAACCUCUGGUUUUUGGUUUUGUUUUUUUUCACGCUGAUGGCCUGGCAGAGCACCUUCUUUCAGUUAACUUGCAUCUCCAGAUUGAUUACUCAAGCAGACAGCACAUGAAAUACUAUGUUUCUCCUAAUACGCUGUUUCCAUUAAGACACAGCAGCUCCUUUGUAAGUACCAGGUCCCGUCCGUCCCUUGGUACAUAUCUGCAUUUGCUUUUCGACGAUUUCUUUUGUUUAAAUAAAUAAAUAAGUAAAUAAAUAAAGCUAGUUCUAUUGAAAUGCAAA